GUCACCGUGAGUCAGUGAGGCUGGCACUCUCCAGCAGCUCGACUGUGUAGACAGCCCUCAGGGAUGAAGGUUCGUGAGCAAGGCUAUGGGAUGAGGACUUGCUGUGGUGAUCUCCUGAUCUGGCUACUUUCUGCAGCUUGCCUUGCUUUGGAUGUGAAGACUCCAGAUUAUCCAGUCAACGCCAGCCUGCACCACCAGACCUGGUUACCUGUGCAGGUGGAGCCCCUGCCACAGGGAGCCGAGGUCACCUGGAGUUUCCAGAGUAAUGCUUCCUCAACUCUGAUCGCUCGCUAUGAAACAGACACGAAGAAGGUGAAGUAUUUUGUUGGCAAGCAGCUUGGGCAACGUUUCAUGAUGCUGGACAAUUUCACCCUCUGGAUAAAUAGUGUGAAGUGGGAGGAUGCAGGAACUUACAUUGUGACAGUCUUCACACCCACGGAAUGGAAAGCAGACACUUCCCUCCGAGUGUACGAGCCGGUGUCCAACGUCACCGUGGAGGUGCUAAACAUCACCUCUGGCCAGUCCUGCAACGUGACCCUCCGGUGUUCUGCCGCAGCCGGAAACAAGCUGAGUUUCGGCUGGAGCCCCAGGAACGGUACAGCCCUGGGGCAGAUUUCAGACCGCGGCGCCGACCUCUCGCUGUCACUCGCCUCCUCUGACACAGUUGACUACGCCUGCACGGUCUGGAAUCCCGUCAGCCAGGCGACUGCUCACUUCUCCAGCGAACAUGCCUGUCAGCAGGAAGCCUCCAGGAUUCCCAUGGCCUUGAUCGCAAUAUCGUGCCUCAUCUGUGUGAUUCUCUGCAUAAUUGUCGUCUAUAUAUACUGCAGAAAAUGCAAGAGUGUUUCCCUUACAGGAGAACAUUGGCCAGGAGGAGAUCGGAACAGUCUACACCACCAUUCAGAAAAUUUCAUGAGCAUUUUCUGGUCUCCUAAGAGCAUAUUCCGCCCUCUCCAAACAACUCUGGACAGCUCCUCAGCUUAUUCUCUUCCCACGCCCAACCUCACACCUGCAUCAGUGACCAGGAUCCAUCACCCAAAUCACUCCUGAGGGAGAAGAGCAACUGCAAUUCCCACAUCACCUCCGUAGAACAAAGGGAAGGAACAGACUGGCCCACCCUGCAUCGGGGCUGAAAAUACUUUGCUUCUAAGCUGCCAUGCCAUUGAUUCAGCAUGGUGCAUGGGGAACCGAUCAAGCAUCUGCUUUGUCCUGAAUGGUGCUAAUCUUCAAAAAGUUGUUGGACAAUGCAGACAAGUGGAGAGUAUUCUAUCAUACUUGGAAAUAGGGGAAAGGCCUUGGGUAUCAGGAGGUGAGACACUCCCCACAGGAUCCCCAGCUCUCAUUGAUAAGCAUAUGGACUGAAGCUUUCCUGAUAGCCUGUAUUUUCAUCCCUGCUGAGCCAUCUGUCAAUAACACAAACCCUGGAGACAUUCCCAGUCAGCAUAUGCAGGCUUUCCCUAAAUAAAUUUGAGUAUCAUGGUAAACCGCUAAACUGGAAAAGAUCUGUAGACAAAGUCAUCUUAGUGGGAAUAUGAUGUAUGGUUGUCAUUUUUUUCUUGUGAUCUGGAUGUCAUUGGCUGAGAAGGUGAUGAGCUGCCUUGCUGGCCCACUGCAGUCUUUCUGGUGACGCAGCUUUCAGUGUUAUAGGUGAGAGUGUUUCAGGAAGUAGAUCCAGUGUUGAUCAAGGACCCAUGCCAGGAUGGUGAGGAGUAUGAAGGGAAACCCACAAGUGCAGCUGCACCCCUGUUCUUGCUGCCCUUGUCCUCGGAAGUAAAGUUGAGAUUAAUCUGGGCAAGUAACUACACUGCUUUUGGUAAGAUGAUGCAUUUGGCAAGCAGUGAGACAGAAUAUACAGAUGGUGGUGUGGGGUGGGAAGGAGUGUGUGAGGGUGGCUGGGGGAGAACCAGCAUGAGUGGAAAUCAAGAGUGGGAAGUGAGUGAGGAAGGCAGUGAAGGACAGAGGGAUAAGUGGGAGAGGAAAGUUGGGUGAGGAAAAGAGGCAGUGUAAAGAUAAGGCAGUGCCCAGAAGAGGGCAAGAGAGACUAAGUGAUGAGAGACCAACAAAAUCUGGUGGAAGAUUUUGUUGAGCAGCAUCUGGGAAGUAACUGUAACGUUUCAGGUUAAAAUCUGAUGCAGGAUCUCGAUCCAAAAGUCAUUUCAAUCCCCCCACCUGAUGCUGUUUGACCUGUAGAGUUCCUCCAGUGGAUUGCUUGCUGCACAGGUUCUGACAUCCGCAGUCUCAUGUCUCCGGAAAUGAGGGAGGCAGUGUGCUGCUGCCAUCACUCCCACCAUCUCCACGUCCCCUGGUCUCAUGGGGUUUUCAUCCCUGGAGAUGAUCUAAUUUCCAUUCAACAUCAGCCAGCGUCCCUUCCACCUCCCUCUUCUAUAUGUUAACAAAACUCAUCCUCACUCCCUCCUCCAACUGGCCCAAAUCAGCCAGCCCCCUUCAAUGUGUUCCCUGCUCCAGCCAGGAAAUUCCCCAGCUCCUCCAGUGCUAGCCCGGGGCUGGAGCACCCUAUCUAGGGCACCUCCUUUAGCAUACCCUGCCUGUCCUUAAGUCCCGCCAGCAUGAGAUGGAAGACUGGGGCUGAGGUUCGCCCCGGAGGGGAGUCCGAGCUCAGGCCACCUUCUGCAGCUUUUCUCACUGCUUCGAGUAGCAUCCACUAUUUCCCUGUCCAAUCUCCCGGUAUAUUUGCGGUCUGCUUAUGGGUCUUCACGCUACUUACAGGGCCAUUAGACUUUCCAAAGAAUGCUGAAGUCAUUGCAAGCAUUACGCAAGAGUGUGAGCUGCAGACUGUCAAAUACUUUACCUAAUAUGGUAUUCAAGAGAGCCAUCACCCCCACUACUCACUCAAUAUUGUGGGCAGCUCGCUAGACACACCAAGCUGUUUAUUCAGAAAUAAGCAACGAGGGCAGGCCACAGAGAAGUUCCUGGGGGCGGGGUUACGUUGACCGACUGCACAGACAAGUCCCAGUAUACCAGGUUAGUACAAGCAGAGGCAAAGUGAAGCUCCCCAAAGAGAGGCAAAGAGAAAGAGUGAGCACAUGUGACAAGGUGCAGGUGGAAGAUGAAACGAGACACCCCAUAAAGAGGAAACAGCCUUUCCACACCCACCUUAUCGGCUUUGUAAAAGGUUUCAAUGUGUCAGUGAGAUCAUCUCUCGUUCUUGUAAAUUCUAGACAGGACCAUCCCAGUCUGCUUCAUCUCUCCUCAUGAUAGCCCCCCUCCCCCCCCAACCACAGAAUCAAUCUGGGGAACCUUUGCUGUGCUCCCUCUAAAACACAAAGAUCUUUUCUGAGCUGAGGAACCCAGACCUGUAAACAAUUUUCCAGUCUUGGUCUCCCUAGGGCCCCGAAAAAUUUGAAAAAAAACCUCAAAUCAUGUUUGAGUAAAAGGCAACAUAUCAUCUCCCCCCGUCAGGUGAGUAGUCUUCAACGAUACCCAGGUUCCUCUCAUCACCAACACUCCAGUCCCUUUCCAACCUGCCAUCAGAGUCUUGUUCUGUCUAAAUAUUUGAGUGCCUAUCACCUUUGGUAAUCGAACAUUGUGGAGCAUUCUAAAGGUGCAUACCUAGGUAAACAGCACCCAUUGCCUCCUCCCCGGUGAAAUGCAGGAGGCUAAAUUAAGACAUGGCCUCCAUCUUCAAUGUCCUUGCUGCUCUUUCCAGUAAUUCCUUGAGGCGCUGUUGCUGGUGGCUGGAAUUCUGGGUGGUUCUCCAAUCUUUCCCAAGAUAUGGUGCUAUCCUUCAGAUACUCAGUGGGAAGCCAUUCAAACGCCACAGCCUGUUAGGAACAGGUCACAGUACUGAUGCUGGUCACACAGAAACAGCCUGUCAGCCUUGAGGCACUUACAGAAUACAAGGUCACUCAGACACUCUCAAGCCUCAUGGGACAGGAGGAGGUAAUUCAGCCCCUCUAAAACCAAUUACAAAGUAGCAAGUGGCCAUUCAGCCUGCAACAAGGGGACAGGGGAGCUCAGAGACAGAGAGAAAGCCUACAAGGAAUCAAGAAACAAAUUCUCAGUCCAGAGUGGGUCUGAUUAAUUAAUGAAUUUCCUUCACACUGAUAGUGCAACCUCAGAUGUGCAACUCACCCAGACCUAACAGGUCACCUGUGGGUCCAAAUAGUCUACAUUAACCCUUUUCAAUUCACUUCCAUUUUUAAAAGUUUACACUUAAAUUGGAGAUUAAUUCUGAACAAAAAUGAGUCACAAGCGAUCUGUAUUGUAUUGACAGGUGUGGAGGGAGCUUCACUCUGUGUCUGACCCACGCCCUGGGAGUGUGAUGGGACAGUGUAGAGGGAGCAUCACUCCGUGUCUGAACUCAGGAGUGUGUGAUGGGACAGUGUAGAGGGAGCUUCACUCUGUGUCUGACCCGUGCCCUGAGACUGUGUGAUGGGACAGUGUAGAGGGAGUUUCACUCUGUGUCUGACCCGUGUCCUGGGAGUGUGUGAUGGGACAGUGUAGAGGGAGUUUCACUCUGUGUCUGACCCGUGUCCUGGGAGUGUGUGAUGGGACAGUGUAGAGGGAGCGGAGUUUCACUCUGUGUCUGACCCGUGUCCUGGGAGUGUGUGAUGGGACAGUGUAGAGGGAGCUUCACUCUGUGUCUGACCCGUGUCCUGGGAGUGUGUGACGGGACAGUGUAGAGGGAGUUUCACUCUGUGUCUGACCCGUGUCCUGGGAGUGUGUGACGGGACAGUGUAGAGGGAGUUUUGCUCUGUGUCUGACCCGUGCCCUGGGAGUGUGUGACGGGACAGUGUAGAGGGAGUUUCACUCUGUGUCUGACCCGUGUCCUGGGAGUGUGUGAUGGACAGUGCAGAGGGAGCUUCACUCUGUGUCUGACCCGUGUCCUGGGAGUGUGUGACGGGACAGUGUAGAGGGAGUUUCACUCUGUGUCUGACCCGUGCCCUGGGAGUGUGUGACGGGACAGUGUAGAGGGAGCUAUACUGUAUCUGACCUGUGUCCCAGCAACGUGUGUGAUGGACAGAGGCUGUUAUUCCUUCUUCUGUCCUUUGCCUAUACAGACCACAAGGAGAACGGAAGAGAUUUUCACAAGGCAGAACAGUUCACAGCUCUGAUUAUUUCCUUAAUACCACAAUCAAGUUGAGCAAGUGACCACAGUGCGGCGAGCAUGUGAGGGUGGAGGGAGCCAGACUCUCAGCUGAGCAGUACAUGUCCGUUCUCAUGUGCCAGUUUGCCUUC